UGUAAAUAGAGUUUAGGUUCCAAAAUAGUUGAAGGGAUAGACCUAAGACAUGAACUCAAGUCCCAAGGAAAAAGAAAGAAAAAAAGAAAACAUGUUGAACACUGGUGUUAAAGAUUCUACAAGGUAAAUUGACUGAAAAGAAUUUCAUAAUUGUGGAGAAUUGGACCAUAGUGAAUUCAGAACCAAAUUAUUUCUGGCUCUUUAGUCCCUUUAAUAGCUUUUCAUUGCCCAAUUCUGCAUCCAACUUAACAUCUAUUCAAGUAUCAGAUGAACCUUUGGAAUACUGAACUUAAAAGAGGACUAGUUCUCACCAAUUCCAAAGCUAAGGCUUCUUGCUGUAAAAAAAUAAAAAAAAUAAAGUGCUCUUUUUAUCCCCCCACUAGGUCCGGCACUGCGGUGCCCCAAGAUAUCUGCUAGAUAUCUUAAUUCUCAGUCAGCAAAGCCUCUCACCCACUCUGUUCCUUCUUAUAUCACACUGCUGAAGGCCUCUCUCUGAGCCUGGCAGCAACCUCUCUACCUGUCUAGUUCCCAAGGCAGGUUUCCAUGCCAGAAACACAUCCCAAUUCCAUGGCAGCCCAGUGUCUCCAGCCGCACACUUUCCUAUACUCAAACCAUCACAUAAAAGAACACACAACACAAAAACGUUUGACCCUAUUGGUAAGAUAUAAUUGCCCACCUAAACAUACAAAGCCCAGUACACAUCCAUCCCUUAAGAGCAUCAAUAACAAGCUGUAAAUACACAGAGUGGAAUCUUAACAUCGGCUUCCAUUUUCUCUCCCCAUGAGUACCCUUUCUGUCCCUCCUGUCUCUUCUCUUUCCGUUCCAGUCUCCUCCCCUUCCUUCAAACUUUUCUCCCACCCAUCCUUCCUUCUCAUCCAAUGACAGGCCUCCUUCUAUCGUGUACCUCCCCUUCACCUGUAUUUUACAAAUUAAAUGGGAAGAAGGUUCUGGUGAAGUCACCUGAGUCUUGAAUAUGUGACUGGGCAGCCGUCCUUGGGGCAGUGGAAUUAGUAUCAAAAUACAGAUAACUCCAGGCCAAACCACAACAGAGGCUGUCAUCAGAUAACACUAAAAACUCAUUGUAGAGUUUCUCUGCUCUGCUGUAAGUUGCCUACCUGCUGUUCCCACCCAUGUGCUUGGAGAAUGCCUUAUUUAUGGCUUACUUUACUGUCACUAUAAAACUCAUCUAACCACUUCUGUUCAGGAAUAUGUUAUUCGUGACAACCUGAAUCUUUUGUUCCUGGGCCACCAUCAUUUUUAUUGACCUCAGAUUCCAUUACUGUUUCCUUUAAUGUGAAAUCUGUGCUUUGCAACUACAUCACAGUGGCCACAAGCCCAUCUGAGGAGUCUGUAUACUAUCUUGUAUGUCCACAGGGAGAAGGAUGUUCCAUGCAGAACUAAGGUUCACUGAUAGUAAAUGAUUUGUGUAAUAUCUUAGUUACUUAUCUAUUGCUGUAAUAAAAUACCAUGAUCAUGGUAACUUCCAGAAGGCAGCAUUUAUUUGGGGCUUAUAGUUCUGGGGGUCUUUAGACUCCACCAUCAUCCUGGUGGGGAAUCACGGCAGCAGACACCAGGCACGGCAGGUAGAACAGCUGAACCCUCAUAUCUCCAAACACAAGCAGGAAAUAGAGAACUCAACUUUGAAUGGUGCAAAUCUUUUAGGUCAAAACCUGGCCCUGAUACAUAAUCUCCAGCAAGGAUGUACCUUAUAAACCUGACCAAACAGGGCCACCAACUGGAAACCAAGUCCUCAAAUGUCCAAGAAUGUAGGGGACCUCUUAUUCAAACCCCCCACAGGUGGGCAUUCAUUAUUAACCCUGUAUGUUCUAAAAAUCACAGUAGAGUCAGCCCUUGGGUAAAUGUCUAAGAGUUAUGAUUCUAUACUACAGUAAAGCUGGGUAAAAAGAUGCUUCUCCUAUGUACUUCUUCCUCAGUUUAUCAGAAAAAAAUCUGCAUUUGGUUAUAUAAAGCAAAUAACGUGUGCAAACAUUCUUGCGCAAUGUAUUGUCCUCACAACAGCCCUUUAAGAUCGUCAUUAUACGUACUAUCAUCUUUCUAUAAAAGGACCAUCUGAAAGCUUAAAACCUUGCCCCAUGCCAUUAAGCUUUAGGUACAGGAUUUGAACAAAGUAAGGCACUGCUGGGCCCUAGGCUUGUGUAUCACCAUUAUGUCCGACUGUUGUAUGUUAAUCCUGACCUUGCCACUUGACAAAGCUGCCCUUAAGUUUUCAACCCAAUAAAUGAUUGUGGUGAUUAGUUCUGAUUGUCUUGUUGAUUGAAUUGAGAAGUACCUAAGGGGUUAACGAGGUUCCUCACUAAGUGGGUCUGUGAGGAUAAUUCCAGGGAGGAUUAGCCAAGUAGAGGAGACCUUGAUGCAAAGUGCUAACUUUGCAGAAAACACAGGGCAGCAUGAAUGCAUGCUCCACCUCCCACCUCUUUCUGUGCCUGGCCACCACUGGGGGUGAGCCACUCUGCUUAAGCAAGCCUUCCCCAUGGAGGAUUGAAAAUCUGACCCUAUGAGGGAACACAUCCUGCCCUCCUCCAUUAUUUGGUUGAGGUAUAUGACACAUGAAUGAAAACUCUGACUAUGGAGAAAAUUAUCCAAUGCUAAUCAAACUGCGUGUAAGGGUACUUCCUCUACACAUACACCCGCCCCAACUGUUUUCACUUCCUGUCCCAGCUUCAGGUGGAGCUGCUUAUCUGGCUCUUAAUUUGAAGCCCUAUAGGUUCCCUCAGUCCCCAUCAUCCCCUACAUUAACUUAUAAGACUCAGGAAAUAUGUAUGUAUAUAUCCUUGUCAUCGUUGUCAUCAUCGUCAUCAUCAAUUGUACUUUUCUUAAGCUCCUGUUGUCUUCAUGGACAUGUCAGCCUUUCAAAAUCAAAGUAUAACAUUUCUCAGAGUGUUGCUAGCCAGAGAGGCUCACUGGAACCCUGGUGUUCUGGGUUUAUUUACCAUUUUCUAUAUAGUUUUCUUCCAUUGAAUCAAUUGCAGCUGAUAAUCUCAGGCUCUAGUUUUUUCUGUUCCCUGUGGGACAGCUGAUAUGUGAUACUGCAUUUUUUGUUUGUUUCUGGUAUGUUAUGCCCCCAACUGGAGUCCCCUUAUUAACAUAGAGCAUCACCCUCAGUUCAGGGGCCCCAUCAUGAAUAGUAAAACCUCCUUGUUAGCCAAGGAAAUCCCAAGGAUAGAGAGAGUCUCCCAGGAACUUCAGACAAAGACCAGCUAAAUUCUUUGUUAUACAAAAGCACAGCCCAGAGAAGUUGUAGACUGGAUGGUAGUUCAGAUGUAUGACAUCAUCUAGGUCAGCAGCUCUAUUUUUGUGCCAGGCGAUAGUCUCAGUCUGGUAGGCAGAGGAAGAAUUUCUGCUGGAAUUCCUGCCAAUAUGCCGCAAGCCAGGAUACGUAACCCUGGAGGCUGAGGUUUAAAUCAGGAAGCUGGGAGAUGUUAAUCUCUGUGGCUUUGGGCCAAGUGCUAUCCCUUCUUGUUUGUGGAAUUGGCUUGACCAGCAAAUACCUGGCAGAAGAUUUUCAUGCAAACACACCAGUCUUCCAGAGCUUUCUGAACUACAUCCUCCUCUUCUUGGUCUACACCACCACCCUAGCUGUCCGACAAGGAGAAGAAAACCUCCUGGCAAUUUUACGACGAAGAUGGUGGAAAUAUAUGAUCCUGGGAUUCAUAGACUUGGAAGCCAAUUACCUAGUGGUCAAGGCUUACCAGUACACGACUCUGACCAGUGUCCAGCUCCUGGACUGCUUUGUGAUCCCAGUGGUGAUUUUGCUCUCCUGGUUCUUCCUGCUGAUCCGGUACAAGGCCGUGCAUUUCAUUGGCAUCGUGGUCUGCAUCCUGGGCAUGGGCUGCAUGGUGGGAGCAGAUGUGCUUGUGGGAAGGCACCAGGGAGCAGGGGAAAAUAAGCUGGUAGGGGACCUUCUGGUCUUAGGAGGAGCCACACUGUACGGGAUCUCAAACGUCUGGGAAGAAUCCAUCAUCCGAACUCUGAGCCGUGUGGAGUUCCUGGGAAUGAUUGGUCUCUUUGGUGCAUUUUUCAGUGGAAUUCAGUUAGCCAUCAUGGAACAUAAGGAGCUGUUGAAGGUGCCGUGGGAUUGGCAAAUAGGGCUGCUGUAUGUUGGCUUUAGUGCCUGCAUGUUUGGUCUGUACAGCUUUAUGCCAGUCGUCAUAAAGAAAACAAGUGCCACCUCGGUCAACCUUUCUCUGCUCACAGCAGAUCUGUACAGCCUGUUCUGUGGACUGUUUCUCUUCCACUACAAGUUUUCAGGUCUUUACCUCCUGUCUUUCUUCACCAUCCUCAUCGGGCUGGUGCUGUAUUCCUCCACCUCCACGUACAUAGCCCAGGAUCCCCGAGUGUACAAGCAGUUCCGUAACCCUUCAGGACCUGUCUCGGACUUACCCAGCACGGCUCAGGUAGAGCCUUCAGUCACCUACACCAGCCUGGGCCAGGAAACAGAAGAAGAGCCUCAUGUUCGUGUUGCCUAGGGAGAGACCUGCCCUGCCCACUGAGGACAACUCAGAGGCUGUGGGUUUGCUCAUCAUCUCUGUCUUGUACAUAGAGAAAGGUAUUUAGGAGGUACAGUUUCACAGGUGGACUGCAAGGUAGCUGAUGCUCCUUUAAAGGAAGAAGCUGGAGACCACUGGAGACACAGGUUCAAUCCACCUGACCCAGAGAGAGGCUUUGGUAGUGUGUAUCCCGAUCCAGCCCCCAUCCCUCCAUUGAUUACUGUGAAAAAUUUUGAAUCAAAACCAAGUAUCGUUGUUACUAUGAUCUUUAUUAUCAAUUGUUACUGUUAUUACACCGACUUUCAGGAGGUUUUUUUUAUUCUUGAUGGGAAUUAUUGCCAGACCCUCACCUGCUUAACAUAAAUCCCACUUUUCUAUGGCAAGUCACUUUUUAAGAAUCACACUUUUUGUUUGUUUGUUUGUUUGUUUGUUCGCUUUGCACAGAUAGAUGAGUGAUGCAUGCCACAGAAGCUUGCCCAUCCUGGUGACCUUGUGACAAAUGGUUUCCUCUGUCACCUGUUGGAUUUCCUGUUCAAUGGGGGAUUUUGUGCUGUGACCCUUGUGGGGAGGGGAAACUGACCAUAUAAUUCUCUAUUCUAGGAAUAGAUAUAAAAGCAAACAUUUUAACCAGUUUAUAUUUCAUUUUCUGCUUAUUCCAGGCCACUGGCUUUCUGUUGGCCCAAGAGAUUCAUCUAAUCAAGCCCUGUGACUACAUAAUAGGGACUGUCCCUUUUUUGUGGCUUAAAGAAACCUAGAAAUGUGGAUUAUGUUUAGGGUUCUACAUUUUUAAUUUCCUUUUCUGUCUUUCCCUAUAUUGCUCUCCUCAAAAAUUAGUUUUUAUUUUCAUUUUUUUUCUUAAUGAUGUCAUGGAAAUUAAUCAAGGCACUGGAAAAGCCAUGGCCUCCACCCUCUUAGUAUAGUACCUAAAGUACCUUUCUGGAAGUAUGCCAACAUGGACAUUAUCUUCAUUGUGGAGUCUCACUGUUCGUGACACCUCUUGGAGUCAAGGUACUAGUCUGGAGAAAUAUCUGUUAGUAGCUUAUGCUCUGGUCACUUAGUCAUUGAAGGCAUCACCAUAGAAAAGUCUGGCAAUUUGGUCAUACCCAAUACUCACCUAAUGGCAGAAUAUAAGGAAAAGCAGCUCUACUCACAAAGAAUGCUACAGUAUUCCUAUAAAGCUUGAUACAUCACUAGUUUAGUCAGUUCCGUUGUCUUCAAGAAUGUCUCUCCAACACACCUCCUGCUCCAAACACAGAAAAUUAAACACCACGGACCUUUAGAAUGUAGAAAAAAUGUCAUGUGUCAGAGGGGACGUUCUCUGUAACUUGGCUGGCUUCAAUACCAUUCAAAUGGAUCCUUGAUAGAGUUGCAGGGUUUGUAUAAAUGUUUAUGGAAUCUGAGCCAAUUGAAGUCAACCUAUUUUAAGCAAACAAGCAAAACAAAACACUUGUGGGGGGCACGGUGUCUCAUAAAGUAAGACCAGAUUGUAAUGGGACCUCAACAAGUCCUAAACAUGGCAGGCAGAAGCUCUCAGGCUCUCUACCAGCAGGCCCUUGGCCUCUUUGUUCUGUCUUCUUCUGUGAGGAGUCACAUGAUCUACUUUGAUAAGUCUCAUGAGAACAACACAUACACAAAAUAAGUAAUGUGCUUGAACGCUGUCACUCAGCUUUAACUUUUCCCCCAUUGGAAAAUAUAACUUUCCCCUCUAAAUUAUUUAGUCCUAACCUAGGAGAUAGAAAAUAAAACUGUUCCCUGGUAUGCAGGUUUCACAUUCAGCCCCUUUGGAAAUAGGUUUUCUUUAUUGGGAUGGGGUGGGCAUGGGAGAGAAAGGUUUAUGCUAAAGUUACACAUUAUGUCAUAAUAACCUUGCCAACAUCUGCUCUCUGCUACCUUUUAAGCCAAUUAAAUACCUUUCUCUGAGUAUUUUGUCCAUUCAGAUCUGAAGACCUUUAAUGACUGUGGUUUUAUUUUUGUUUACAUUCCUUUGGUUUGCAUAAUUUACUUGAUUUGUUGCAUUUUUAGUAUUUAUUUUAAGCCAAAUGUCUUUGUCUUUUGGAUUCAUUUUUAUGACACUAAUUUGUAGACACUCUGUAAACUCUAAUGAGAAACAAGCGGCUGAAAUCAUUUCCAAGUCCAUUCAGUAGACUGGGAAUAGUUUUAAAGUUAACAUUUUGAAAAGGUUUGCAAUUAAUCGAUGGCUGACAGUGGCCAUCUGGACCAUUUUAUAGGAUGUUUUAAUUGACUCCAUUGUAUGGAAACCAAGUGUGAAUAUCAGGAUGAACUCACUGUAUUCUGUUUGUUAUCUGAUGUCUUUGUGAUCAGACAUUAGUGUACCUGUGUUGGUUUGUCUCCAUUCAUAAAGCUGGUAACAUGGGCUCAUCCAAGACUAGGAGUUUAGGAUUGACCCUUAAGGGAAAAAAGACAAAACGUUGCAAAGAACAAUGUUUUCAGCCUGAAAGCAUUGGUGGUUUGAGAAUGGGGCGGGAAGUGGGAAUAGGUUAAUAUUAACUGUAACAGUUUAGGUUCUGAGAUUUGUAACUUCAGUAGUCACCAGCAAGAAUUUUGGCAUUUUAAUCUACCACUCUUCUCUCCUCGAUCAGUGAGAACGGUCCUCUGUAUGAAGUUGAUAAGAAGCAAAUAAUAGCUCUCUUAAACGCUACCAGAGAUGAGUGGUUCACUUUCUCAAUGGAGACUUGCACUGAGGAUGGAGCUUGCUCUGGUUAGACCUCCUCACAGCUUUGAACACGUAUCCGGGUAGACCAAGAAAUGGACAACUUCACGCCACUGUGUCCCAUGAAAAUAUUUCAAUGUUUAGUUUAGGUAUUGCUAACUUGUGCUAUUAACCUUCUGACAAGCUUGUAGUAUCGUUUGUUUGGCAUUUAUUUUUGAUUUGUAACCAUUUAGUAGUCCCCAGCUAGCGAUCAGCACGGAUUUUACCCCAUGGGUAGAAGUUUAUCUGCACACCACAUAACAAAGCACCUGACACCGCAAUGGAACCAAAUUUUCCAAAAAGAAAAGAAAAGAACUUUACAUUGGGAAUCUGAACAAGCGAUCUACCUUUUCUAUUUGCAUGUCCCCCCCCCCAUGGACUGGCUGUGGCAAUGUAACACCUGUAUGAUGUUUUCAAAUAAAAGUAAAUGCUUUACGAAAGCA